UCAGGAAAUGACACCAUCCAGAUCUCACUUACCAAUACCAUUUAUGAGCUUGCAUCUCACCCAGAGUACCAACAGAAGCUCUACAAUCUCCUUACUGAUUCGUUGCCCAAACAAUCGCAGCCGAUUGCUUCAUACAUGGAGCUGAGUAAGAUACCGCUUUUGACAGCAGUUUUGGAUGAAACAUUUAGACUAUUGCCUCCAGUACGGUUCAAUCUACCACGAAUAAUUGUUCAAAAUGGAGCCGUGAUUGCAGGCCACCAUGUUCCAGCGGGAGUGACCGUUUCCUCCUCCGUGUACAUAAUGCACCGAGAUGAGAGCCUCUUUCGAGAGCCGUUGAAAUGGCUUCCAGAACGAUGGCUUCCCGAAAACCCAGACUUUUCAGAUGAAGAGAGAAGGAACUUGAAGGAUUUUGUUCUACCGUUUACGUUGGGCGGAAGGGCGUGUAUUGGGCGUAAUCUGGCUUACAUGGAAUUGAGCAUUUGCAUCGCCGCGCUUGUCAUGGCUUUU